CAAUUGUGUGCGCCAAAAACGUUUUGGUACAAAAUAGUAAAUGCUUCACUUCUUCAGCACAUAAGGUAGCUAGCUAGCUACAUGAUCACUUCCACUGUCACCUCACAGCAACCACUCCAAUAACCCAAUAAUUGCGAUCGCAUUAUUGGAAUGGCGUUUUGCCGGAGCUCUCUUCUCCUGCGCAAGGCCCUCGGCGGCGGCAGCCGCCGCAUGGCGGCCGCCGCCGCCGCGGGCUCUUAUCAUCGCCGCCCUGAAGAGUCAGGGCGGCGAUGGUAUUCGGAAGGCACGUGUUCAGCGGCCGGGUACCACGUGAACACGGUGCCUUCGUACAUGACGGGAUCGGUGUUUUGGGAGAAGGGGAAGCCCAUCACUUAUGAGGAUUUUGAGAUGCCACGACCCAAGGCCAAUGAAGUUCUCAUCAAAACUAAGGCUUGCGGCGCGUGCCGCUCCGAUCUGCACGUGAUCAAAGGCGACCUUAAAUUCCCGUGCCCUUGCACCCUUGGCCAUGAGAUUACCGGUGAGGUCGUUCAACACGGCCCCCUCACCGACACUAAUGUCAUUCAAAGAUAUCCUGUUGGAUCUAAAGUGAUUGGGGCUUUCAUCAUGCCCUGCGGAAGUUGUUUCUACUGCUCAAAGGGCGAAGAUGACUUGUGUGAGCCCUUCUUUUCUUAUAACCGAGCAAAAGGGACACUUUAUGAUGGUGAAACACGACUAUUUCUCCGAGGCAGUGGCAAACCGGUUUCCAUGUUUAGCAUGGGAGGUCUUGCUGAGUACUGUGUGAUGCCAGCAAACGGAUUAACUCCUCUUCCCGACACACUGCCUUAUGCCGAAUCUUCCGUUUUAGGAUGUGCUGUUUUCACUGCGUAUGGCGCAGUUGCUCAUGCUGCUGAGGUCAAACCUGGUAACUCCGUCGCCGUCAUCGGAAUCGGCGGUGUCGGCUCAAGUGUUAUGCAGAUAUCAAAGGCAUUUGGGGCUUCUCAGAUAAUUGCAGUGGAUGUUCAAGAUGAAAAACUUGAGACAGCCAAGGCAUUUGGAGCCACUCAUGCCAUUAAUUCAAGAAAGGAGGAUGCUGUUGCUAAGAUUAAGGAACUGACAGAUGGAAGGGGCGUGGACAUAGCCGUGGAAGCAUUGGGGGGCCCAAAAACAUUUCAACAAUGCAUACAAAGUGUGCGAGGUGGAGGCAAAGCUGUAAUGAUUGGCCUCUCUCCAUCUGGUGGUUUAGGACAGGUCGACCUUAUCCAGUUGGUUCGAAGAAAGGUGAAAAUCAUAGGGUCGUAUGGAGGGAGGGCGAAGAAAGACCUUCCGAGAUUGGUGGAGCUAGCAGAGCAGGGGAUUUUCAAUCUGGAGACUGCAGUUACAAGAAAAUACAAAUUCGAAGAGGUGGCGCAGGCAUUUGAAGACCUCGAUCAGAAGAGCAUCGUUGGUCGCGCCAUCAUCGAGCUCAUGUAACCAACAACUAUUUCUUCGUUAUUUAUUUUUUUCCCAUAUAAUAUUUGCUUCAACUUAUUUCAUAUUCAAUAAAUGUAUGGACCAUAUCAACCACAAUGCAUUUUAUGAAGCAAUACAAUUCAACA